GACGGAGACCCUAUAAAAACAAGAGUCGCCAUCUAUUCUUCCCGAAACCCUACUUCUUCUUCCAUUACGUACUUCCGAUCGAUCUCCCACGGGCGGCGGAAGCAACAGGCGUCGAUCCAUCCACUUCAAGAACAAUGUACAUCUUGGUCAAGAACCCCGCGGAUAGGAUGAUCCGCCUUAGGGUCAGGCCAUUACAUACCUUGGGUGAUGUCAAGACAAUGAUCCAGCAGCGCCAUUUCCUCGUCUCCAACGGGGUGCAGCUAGACGAUAACUGUACGCUGGCUGAUUACAACAUCCAGCAUGAAUCCACGCUCGAGCUCCAAGAGAAGAUGCAUAUCUGCGUGACGGAGACACUGAUGAACAGGACCAUCCCGCUCGAUGUCGACAGCCUAGACACCAUCGACGACGUGAAGGCCAACAUAUAUGGCCUCCAGGGCUUCCCCAGUGCUCAGCAGUGCCUCAUCUUCGCCGGCAAGCGUCUCGAAGAGGGGAACCGCACCUUGGCUGAUCAUAACAUCGUCAUGGAGUCCACGAUUCUCCUUGUUCUCCUCCCUUGUAUAUCGAGAGGAGACAUGAUGCAGAUCCAUACAAAGUCGUUAUCAGGAAAGACCAUCUCUCUUGAGGUUGGGAGUUUGGAUACCGUCGAGAGUGUCAUGGUGAAGUUGUAUGAGAAGAACUUCGCCUCUUAUCCAAGCCAGCAGCGCCUCAUCUUUGCAGGCAAGACGCUGGAAAUAAGGCGAACCCUAGCGUACUACAACAUUUGUAGUGAUUCUACCCUUCGUUGCGUGCCCUGCCUUUGCGGUUGUUGAGAUAGAUGUCUGCUAUUGAACAACCAGUUUCUAUUUUCCUGCACUCUCAAGUUCCGAUAGUAGUCUGCUCCAGUCUUGUUCCCUUUCAGCAGUGGUGUGUUAUCACUUAUCAGUAAAACGUAACAUAUGUAUCAUUUAGUACUAGAUUUUUUUUGAGAAGAGGCUAUUACAGAAAAGCCGGCAUACUUUUAUCCAUGUGUAUAUUAUGAUAAGUAUAAUAA